AUGGCCCGAGCUUCAUGUCCACUGCAUUCUCUCUGGCUCCUGGGGUGGCUCCUGCUUUUAGGACCCUGUGGUCCCCUUCUAAGCUGGGCCUUGAACUUGGACCCGGUACAACUCACCUACACAGGCCCCAAUGGCAGCCACUUCGGGUUUUCUUUGGACUUCUACAAGGACAACCGUGGAAGUUUCUUAGGGCUCCUGGCGCGGGCUCCCAUCGCCCAGAUCGUCUCGAACUACCGUCCGGGCACCCUCUUGUGGCACGUGCCGGCCCAGCGCUUCACUUUCGACUCCAGUAGCAAAGAGCUCUACGACGGCUACCAGGGGUACUCAGUAGCUGUGGGCGAGUUCGAUGGGGAUUCCGGCACUACAGAAUAUGUCUUCGGGGCCCCCACCUGGAGCUGGACCCUGGGAGCGGUGGAGAUCCUGGACUCUUACUACCAGAGGCUGCACCACCUGCAUGGAGAGCAGAUGGCUUCGUAUUUCGGACAUUCAGUGGCUGUCACAGACGUCAAUGGGGAUGGGAGGCACGACCUACUGGUGGGCGCCCCGCUGUACAUGGACAGCCGAGCCGACCGCAAGUUGGCCGAGGUGGGGCGCGUGUACUUGUACCUGCAGCCCCGGGACCCCCACGCCCUGGGCACCCCCAGCCUCCUGCUCACUGGCACUCAGCUCUAUGGAAGAUUCGGCUCAGCCAUUGCCCCUCUGGGCGACCUGGACCAGGAUGGCUACAAUGAUGUUGCAGUGGCCGCCCCCUAUGGGGGCCCCAGUGGCCAGGGCCAGGUGCUGGUGUUCCUGGGUCAGAGUGAGGGGCUGAGCUCCCGCCCGUCCCAGGUUCUGGACAGCCCCUUCCCCGAAGGCUCCGGCUUUGGCUUCUCCCUGCGAGGUGCCACCGACAUCGAUGACAACGGAUACCCAGACCUGCUGGUGGGAGCCUACGGGGCCAGCAAGGUAGCAGUGUACAGAGCCCAGCCGGUGGUGAUGGCCAAUGUCCAGCUGCUGGUUCAAGAUUCGCUGAACCCUGCUGUGAAGAACUGUACCCUGCCCCACACCAACGCAGCAGUGAGCUGCUUCAACAUCCAGAUAUGCGUGGGAGCCACAGGGCACAACAUCCCCUCGAAGCUUCGCCUGAAUGUUGAGCUGCAGCUGGACCGACAGAAGCCACGGCAGGGCCGGCGGGUGCUGCUGCUAGGCUCUCAGCAGCCCAGCACCUCCCUGGAGCUGGACCUGGGCGGGAGGCGCAGUCCCAUCUGCCACACCACCAAGGCCUUCCUCCGAGACGAGGCUGACUUCCGGGACAAGCUAAGCCCCAUUGUGCUCAGUGUCAACGUGUCCCUGCAGCCUGAGGCUGGAGUGGCCCCUGCUGUCGUGCUUCACGGAGAGACCCACGUCCAGGAGCAGACCCGCAUCAUCCUGGAUUGUGGGGACGAUGACCUGUGUGUGCCCCAGCUCCAGCUCGCUGCGGAAGUGAAGGGCUCCCCACUCCUCAUUGGGGCUGACAAUGUGCUGGAGCUGAGGAUAGAUGCCGCCAACGGAGGCGAAGGGGCCUAUGAGGCUGAGCUGGCCGUGCAUCUGCCCCCCGGCGCCCAUUACAUGCAGGCCCUCAGCGACAUGGAGGGGUUGGAAAGGCUCUCCUGUAACCCGAGGAAGGAGAACGAGAGCAAGGCGGUGGUGUGUGAGCUGGGAAACCCCAUGAGGAAGGACGCCCGGCUAGAAAUCAGGAUGUUGGUGAGUGUGGGGAACCUGGAAGAGGCUGGGGAGUCUGUGUCCUUCCGGCUGCAGAUCAGAAGCAAAAACAGCCAGAACCCUAACAGCGAGCUGGUGCUGCUGAAAGCGCCAGUCCUGGCCGCGGCCUGGGUGGAGCUGCGAGGGAACUCCUUUCCAGCCUCCCUGGUGGUGGUGGCCAAGGACGAUGGCAGGGAGAAGGGUUCAGACCACUGGGGACCCAAAGUGGAGCACACCUACGAGCUCUACAACAGAGGCCCUGGCGCUGUCCGCGACCUGCGCAUCGUCCUGCACCUGCCGGGCCAGUCCCGGGCAGAAGACCUCCUCUACAUCCUAGCCGUGCAGCCCCAGGGGGCGCUCCAGUGCUCCCCACAGCCCUCCCCCAACCCGCUCAAGCUGGUUUGGCGGGAGACCACCCCCAGCCCGUCACCGGGUCACCUGCCCCAUCACAGGCAGGAGCGCAGAGCACUCCAGCCAGCCUCUGGCCGCCCAUCGAAGACUGACAACAUGUCCCCCUAGAACUGCGACUCGGCACCCUGUACGGUCGUGCAGUGUGAGCUGGCAGAGAUGGCGCGUGGGCAGCGGGCCAUGGUCAUGGUGCAGGCCUUUCUGCAGCUGUCCAGCAUACGCCAGAGGCCCCUGGAUCAGUUUACCCUGCAGUCCCACGCUUGGUUCAACGUCUCUGCUCUCCCCUAUGCGGUGCCAGCCCUCAGCCUGCCCAGCGGGGAAGUGACAGUGGAGACGCAGCUGCUGCAGGCCCUGGAGGAGAGGGACAUUCCUGUCUGGUGGAUUCUGGUGGGCGUGUUGGGGGGCCUGUUGCUGCUCACACUCCUGGUCCUGGGCAUGUGGAAGGCCGGCUUCUUCAAGCGGAAUCGCCCACCCCUGGAAGAGGACGAGGACGAGGACGAGUGAGGGGCUUCUGGACGCCAUUCCACCCUCCCGACCCCGCUCCAGUCACCCAGAGUUGGAGCUCUUCUCUAGGGACCUCCUGGUGUCCUUCCUGUCCUUGCUGUCUAAUAAAGUGGCCCAGCCCCCAUC